CCGCAGUCUACACCCAACUCCAUCUCCCUCUCUCCACAGCAAAGCUAAUCUCACAGGGCUUUAGCACCUGCUGAACCUGCCCAGUUCGCUCUGUCUACACGCACACACGCACAGAAACGUCAAUUGAUCCGACUCCAUCAUUGGUUGUUUUUAUCUUAUCGCCUGUUUGGUCAAAAGUGCGCCGAGUUAGAUCAAUUCCUCCUCCCCAGUGCUCAUCGGCGCAGGCGGGCGGGCUCUCUCUCCCCAGGCAGAAGCUGAUAAGGGCUCCUCCGCCGAGAGAACGCCUCGGGCGGAGGAGAGUUGAAAAGGGCAUCGAAGUAGCCAAAACGUUUCCUGAACUUAUACCACGAUCUUGUCUCACGCAAGGAAUAGGGAACCUUUACUAGCGAAGAGCCUCCAUAGCAACGAUGUCUGACCUGUUUGUCGAAAUCACUUGUCCAAACGGACAAUCUUACAAACAGCCAACUGGGCUGUUCAUCAACAACGAAUUCGUGGCUGCAACCUCUGGAGAGUUUGUCGAGUCCAUCAACCCUGCCACGGGGAAGCCGAUCUGUAAGGUCCACGCUGCCGGUGUCGAAGACAUCGACAAGGCCGUGAAGGCAGCGAAGGCUGCCUUCCCAGCGUGGAAGCAGAUGGACGGGUGUGAGCGCCGUGACCUGCUGUUGAAGCUGGCGGCGCUGGUGGAAAGAGACCGGGACAUAUUGGGCGCACUGGAGGCCAACGACUCCGGCAAGCCAAAGGAUUCGAACGCGGUGUACGACGUGGAUGAGGUUGUUGCGCUGUUGAAGUACGUUGCUGGCUGGGCUGACAAGCUCGAAGGCUCUGUCAUCCCAGCUGGCCCAAACAAGUUUGCGUACACCAUCCGUGAGCCAAUUGGUGUUGUCGGCUGUAUCAUCCCGUUCAACUACCCACUAGCCAUGUUUGGGUGGAAACUGACUGCUCUGGCUGCUGGUAACUGUGCCAUCUUCAAAUCAGCAGAACAGACACCGCUGUCUGUGCUGUACUUUGCCCAAUUGUUCAAGGAGGCCGGCUUCCCACCUGGUGUUGCACAAGUGGUUUCCGGGUUUGGGAGAGUGGCCGGUGAUGCCCUCGUUAAGCACCCAGAUGUCCAGAAGAUUGCGUUCACUGGCUCCACUGCCACUGGUCGUGUUAUCCAGAAGGUUGCGGCUGACUACUUGAAGCCUGUCACCUUGGAAUGUGGUGGAAAGACCGCGUUGCUCGUGUUUGACGAUGCUGAUCUGGAACAGGCUGUCAAAUGGACUGCUUUUGGUAUCUUCUACAACAUGGGCCAGAUCUGCACUGGUUCAUCCCGUGCCUAUGUCCAUGAGUCAAUCUACGAGAAGUUCUUGCAAGAGUUGAAGGCCCAUGUCAUUGCCGAAUACCCACAAGGAUUGCCAUUCGAGGACGGCGUGGUGGUUGGUCCUCAGGUCUCUAAGGCUCAGUAUGACAAGAUCCUCAACUACAUCCAAUCUGGUAAGGAUCAAGGUGCCCGUGUCGUUCUUGGUGGUAAAGUCCCUGAUAGAAAGGAUCUACAAGAUGGUUACUUUAUUGAACCAACCAUCUUUGCCGAUGUGAAGCAGGACUUCAAGAUCGUGGAGGAGGAGAUCUUUGGCCCAGUGAUCUCGAUUGCCAAGUUCAACACUGAUGAGGAGGCUGUUUCGCUUGCCAAUGACAGUAUCUAUGCUCUUGGUGCUGCUCUCUUUACCAAGGACAUCACAAGAGCGCACCUCGUUGCUCAACAGUUAGAGUCUGGUAUGGUUUGGAUCAACUCCAAUAACGACUCUGACGUUAGAAUCCCAUUCGGUGGUAACAAGAUGAGUGGUAACGAAACAAGAGAGUUGGGUAAAUUCGGUAUCGAGGCAUUCACAGUGGCUAAGGCUAUCCACGUUAACCUGGGUAACAAGUUGUAAAAGGUACCGUCUUUGAUAUGCAAUCUACACUGCUA